CUUGAAUCAAUACUUUGUGAUUUUGUUACUACAAACCGGACAUCGGUACAAGUCGAGCUUUCGAAGUCAUCGAGAAGCUGCGUCUCCGCUGUUGAUUGGGACUAGAGACUAGGACCAGAUGGCCAAGAAGUCUGCUAACCCCGUUGAUGCCUUCCGCAAGGCUCAGCGAGCCAAGGAGCUCAAGAAGAACAAGGAGAUCAGAAAAAAGUCUCGAGAGUCGCAAGCGGUAAAACAAGAUACCAGAGAGCUCGAGUCCGAGAUCAAGCAGCUUAAAAGCAAACUCGGCGCGAACGCCCAGACUCGUCUAGCGGACCUCGAGAAGGAAUUGGCCAAGAUCAACAAAAUCAAAGAAAACUACGUUGCAGAGCACCCCGAAGCGAGAGAUAGAGUCUUCAGAACACACGAGAGGAGUGCGCCGAAAAGAGAUGAAGCUACCCAGGAGGUACACAAUGAGCUAUACGAUGAUAGUGGGAGACUUAGGGAUCCAACGCGGAGUAUAUAUUACGAUCCGGUCUACAACCCUUUUGGCGUUCCUCCGCCGGGAAUGGCAUACAAGGAGAGAACACCGGAGAUAGGAGCUGACGACAGCGAGGACGACAGCGAAGAAGAGGAUAGUGACGAUGAGAUUGUGCUCCCUGCUGGACCUCCUCCUGGCCAAGAUGAUUCUGAUUCUGACGAUUCUGACGACAUUCCACUUCCUUCGGGUCCACCUCCACCAAGAGUCAACGCUCCUGGUCUGCCAUCUCAGCUUCCGAUACCCUUCGCUGGCCCACCGAUAUCCAUGGGUUUCGGGGUUUCUCCUCCAUUCCCACCUCAGACCGGUUUCAGACCUGAACCACCUGCUCCUUCCUUCCCUCACAACGCUCGACACCGACCUCCUCCGAAUGUCCAAGAUCCUCUAUCUGAUGGUCCUACUCAAACCUAUCAAGGCUACAGAAUGGCCAAGCAUGACCUCCCUGCUCGACCUUCUGAUCCGGCCGGCCCCAGUUCUAGCUCUGCAGGGAUCAUAAGCUCGGCCCCGCAGAUCAACAUUGCCGCAGCUGGCCAAAGCAAGGAAUCAGCCUCUGCCAACGCAGGAUCAGGGGAAAUCUCUGCCGCUCCUGUCAUGCGGGACCUGCGCAAGGAAGCGACUGCCUUUGUGCCUCGUGGAGUCAAAAGGAAGAAAGAAAUUGGAGGGAUGACGGUCAAUGCUGCUCCCGGAAGCGGGAUGUUGGAUGCGGACGGCGAUGAGAUUCGAGUCAAAAGAGAAGAAGUUGGCGGCGGGCUAUUGGGCAAGCUUAAGGGUGUUCUGUCAAAUGGUCAGCAGAGUUCAGUAUCUCCCCCGAAGAGCAAAACCAAUGCUCGGGUCGACGACGAUUAUCAAAAGUUCUUGGAUGGUUUGGGAGAUCUAAAGUAGCUCCUGUAUCUGUUGUAUCACGCACGACCUGCAUGUCGCCUCCGCUGAUUUCGCGUGGCCUCAAUCAUAUUUUCCGAAUUCCGU